AUGUCCCAGUCGAUGCCGUCGGUUAAGCCGUUGCUGCUCCAAUUCCAGCAGCUGUUUGCCUUAUCAAAAUUUGUGGGUGUCCUGCCCCAGGAUUUGACACAGUUUCGAACUAAGAAUGUUCUCGAAAAGUCGCGCAAUGGAAUGUUCUAUAUGAUUGGUCUUUUGAUAAUUUAUGUGGUGCUUUACAUAUGGUUAAUAAUAGCGUUUGGUGAAGAUGAUCCCGCCGUAAAGGCAUCGCAGAGCACUUUGACGUUUGUUAUUGGCUUGUUUUUGACCCAUAUUGGUCUUAUUAUGAUGGCCACCGAUCAGAUAACUGCGCUUUUCAAUCAAGGACAAUUGGGUGACCUCUACGAACGCCUACGCGUAGUGGAUGAACGCCUCUAUAGGGAGCAGUGUCUGGUUGAUAAUAGCUACAUAGCAAAACGCAUUCGUGUAAUGAUCAUUAUGACCGUCAUUUUUGAGCUUUUCAUACUGGUGUCCACAUACAUAAAGCUGGUGGAUUAUACGCAAUGGUUAUCGCUGCUCUGGAUAGUCUCGGUAGUGCCGACUUUUGUCAAUACUCUGGACAAGAUUUGGUUUGCAGUAUCGCUAUACGCACUGAAGGAACGUUUCGAAGCGAUAAAUUCCUCGCUAGAGGAUCUGGUUACCGAACACGAAAAACACAAAGCUUUUUUGGCUAGAGAUGACGAUGGCAAUGAUACAGCUGGGAAUCAAACUGCAGAUAGUUCCGAAUCGCAGCCGCCGCAGUAUGACGCAAAUCUGGAGUACUUGUACAAGGAACUGGGCGGCAUUGAUAUUGGAUCGCUGAGAGGCUCGGGCAGCAAAAGCAGGAAUAGGGUGGCACCAAUUGCCCAUUCGCUGAACUCCUUUGGCGAGCGCAUUCCUCGCAAGCCGCAUCAAAUUAAUCCAAAUCAAAUGAUGAACAUGGCACACGAGAGUGAAUUGAGCAAUGCGACCAAGGUGGAGGAGAAACUGAACAAUCUGUGUCAAGUGCACGACGAGAUCUGCGAAAUAGGCAAGGCAAUGAACGGCCUCUGGAGUUAUCCGAUUCUUUCGCUUAUGGCCUAUGGAUUCUUAAUAUUUACGGCACAGCUGUAUUUUCUAUAUUGCGCUACUCGUUCCCAAUCGAUACCUCCAUUGUUCCGGUCCGCUAAGGAUCCGCUUAUUACGGUUAUCAUUCUUGUAUACACUUCGGGCAAGUGCAUUUAUUUGAUUUACUUGAGCUGGAAAACAUCGCUGGCCUCGAAACGCACUGGGAUUAGUUUGCACAAGUGCGGCGUGGUGGCUGAUGAUAAUUUGAUAUACGAGAUUGUGAACCACUUGUCGCUAAAGCUGCUAAAUCAUUCGGUGGACUUCUCGGCCUGCGGCUUCUUCACACUGGACAUGGAAACAUUGUAUGGCGUUAGUGGUGGCAUCACAAGCUACCUUAUUAUCCUCAUACAAUUUAAUUUGGCGGCCCAGCAGGCUAAGGAAGCCUUACAGUCGUUUAACAGCUUUAAUGAGACCGCUGGCUUGGUGGGUUCUGCCACCGAAUUUUUCAAUACCAGCUCCACACUGUAUAAUCUGGAGACCACCACAAUGAUGACGCCAUCGAAUUACUAAAACUUAUAUCUUUAUAUUAUUCUUAGA